AUGGGUCGCGAAUUGCAAAAGAAGAAGAACCGCUCCUCGGUUUCGAAAGUGACCCAAAAGGCAAAAUCCAAGAAGAAGUUGUUGCAGAACCCCAUCAUCGCAGCCAACUGGAACCAAAAGGAGACGCUCAGCCAGAAUUACCGCCGCCUCGGACUUGUUUCCAAGUUGAACCACCCGACCGGUGGAGUUGAAAAGACAUCCAAGACCUUAGUCGAGGCUGAAAGUGGCCUUGCGCCUGAGCCCACUCCCGACAAUCUCAACAUCAGCACAAAACUGCCUACCACCAUCAACAUCUCAGAAGUGAAGAUCAAGAGAGACCCUAAGACUGGCGCCAUUCUGGAAGUCCUGGACCAGAAAAAGGCCAACCCACUGAACGACCCAUUGAACGACAUCGAGGACAGCGACGACGAAGGCUGGCAAGGAUUCGUGAAUGAGCACGGUGUUCUGGACGGAGCAAGACAGGGAGGUAACGCAAAGACCGACGUGGUCCGUCAACUCGAAGAGCAAGCUGCUCGCCCGAUCAAGAAGGCUCCCAGAAAGCAGAGUGAGCGCGAAGAAGAAUGGAUUGAGCGACUAGUCCAGAAGCACGGCGACGACUACCUUGCCAUGGCCCGCGACAUGAAGCUCAACCCCAUGCAGCAGAGCGUCGGUGACCUCAAGAAGAGAGUCAAGAAGUGGAACGCCAAGCAACAAUCAUAA